CUCCGCUCGGGGCCGGGGCGGCGGACGGCGGCGGCGGGUCUGUUCUUAAGACAUUUUAGCCAUGACUAAGAGAGAGGCAGAGGAGCUGAUAGAAAUAGAAAUUGAUGGAACUGAGAAACAGGAAUGCACUGAAGAAAGCAUCGUUGAGCAAACCUACACCACAGCAGAAUUUGUGAGUCAAGCUAUUGACAUCAAUGAACCAAUUGGAAAUCUUAAGAAGUUGCUGGAACCUAGACUGCAGUGUUCCUUGGAUGCACAUGAAAUUUGCCUGCAAGAUAUCCAGCUGGACCCAGAUCGAAGCCUUUUUGAUCAAGGAGUAAAAACAGAUGGAACAGUGCAACUCAGUGUGCAAGUAAUAUCUAGGCAAGGGAUAGAGCCCAAGUUAAACAUCCUUGAAAUUGUGAAGCCUGUGGAGACUGUGGAGGUAGUGAUUGAUCCAGAUGCUCAUCAUGCAGAGGCUGAAGCUCACCUUGUUGAGGAAGCUCAAGUGAUAACCUUGGAUGGAACAAAACAUAUUACAACAAUUUCAGAUGAGACCUCUGAACAGGUGACACGAUGGGCUGCAGCAUUGGAAGGCUACCGAAAGGAGCAGGAGCGCCUUGGAAUACCUUAUGAUCCAGUGCAGUGGUCAACAGACCAGGUGCUCCACUGGGUGGUGUGGGUGAUGAAGGAGUUCAGCAUGACUGACAUUGACCUCAGUGCGCUUAGCAUUCCCGGGCGGGAGCUCUGCAGCCUCAGUCAAGAAGACUUCUUCCAGCGUGUCCCGAGGGGAGAAAUCCUCUGGAGCCAUUUGGAGCUUCUUCGAAAGUAUGUGUUGGCUAGCCAAGAACACUCUGGAGAAAUAGCAACUGUUACUAUUGAUCAGCCUGUGCAGAUUAUUCCAGCAUCUGUACAGCCUGCUACCCCAACCACCAUUAAAGUAAUAAACAGCAGUGCAAAGGCAGCUAAAGUACAGAGAGCUCCAAGGAUCUCUGGGGAAGAUAGAAGUUCCCCUGGGAACAGAACAGGAAACAAUGGCCAAAUCCAGUUGUGGCAGUUUUUAUUAGAACUUCUCACUGACAAAGAUGCUCGGGACUGUAUUUCUUGGGUUGGUGAUGAAGGAGAGUUUAAAUUGAAUCAACCUGAAUUGGUUGCGCAAAAAUGGGGACAGCGCAAAAACAAACCCACGAUGAACUAUGAGAAGCUUAGUCGGGCUUUGAGGUAUUACUAUGAUGGAGACAUGAUCUGCAAAGUGCAAGGCAAGAGGUUUGUGUACAAAUUUGUCUGCGACUUGAAAACUCUCAUUGGAUACAGUGCAGCAGAGUUGAAUCGGUUGGUCACAGAAUGUGAGCAGAAGAAACUAGCCAAGAUGCAGCUCCACGGCAUUGCACAGCCGGUUACAGCAGUGGCGCUGGCGACAGCAUCCCUGCAAACAGAGAAAGAUAAUUAAGCACUAGUACCUGGAAGUGGGAGCCUGAGGCCUUUCAUAUAUAACCAGAGCAGUUACUGCUCUUACCUUUAUCAGAAUUGGAAACUUCGUUUGUUUCUUGACAGUACAAUAUAGUGCAUGAUUUUCUACAAAGAACUGAGACUUGCAUAAAUUUGGAUCUUUUAACAGCAUAUAUUUCAGUAUAAGUUAAGGGAUCACCACAACUUCUGCAACUUUGAGUCAGGGCCUCUACGGUAUGCAAUCUGAAAUUGGUGAGAAAGGCAGAACUGGUCAGCAUUCUGUGUCCACAGCUGUACAAAGUAAUUUUUGCAGUGCUUUUAACAAAAAUGAAGUACCUACAGCAAGCAGGCUGAUCAGUUGUCUGAACUCAGUCCUUUCCAGUCUUGUCUUCUCUGCUGAACUACCAAAUGGCAUUUGAUGCUUUCAAAGUUAAAUAUGUUCAUUAUUCUCAUUUAAUCAAGCAGAGCUGAAAGACACAUUAAAUGCUACAAAGCAUCAGGUUCUUAAAAUAGCUUCUGUGUUUAUAAGCAAAGGAAACUAAGAUUAGACUGAACUGAAGAUCAGUGCUGAAGAAGGAGAUCCAGGUUUAGAUCUGGCUUAGGUGAAAAGCCAAUUAUGAGUAUUUCAUUGUAAUAUGUAGAUAAUAUGCAUAUAUGAGGGCAAGUACUUACCUCUUUUGAAAGACACUGUUAAUGCUAGCCACUUAGCAAAAAGCGAAGACAAACUCCUUCCCCCACUACCACCCCCCAUCAGGUGAUUUGAAAACUUGAAAAAAUAGCCCUCACCCAAAGAGUGGUUUGUUUUGGUGGGGGGGGUUUAAUGCUCUGUUCUGCAAGGUGCGUAUACCUGCAUGGUAGUCAACCUUAGUAACUGAAGACUUAAGUUAAUCACAGUCAGUAGUCCCUGUUUAGAAACAAAAUGCAAGUUGAAAAUAGUUUUACAGAGAAUUGAAGUUUGAUUUCCAAAUUAUUGUACAGUCUGACAUAUAUUAAAAUACAAAGAUGUGCAAUUUUUAUUUAAAAUUAAUUUCUUUCUGAACUUCAAGUAAUGUUUUUGAAGCUUCGUAAGCCAAAUGCAUGCUCCAGAGCUGGGUGCGAUUUGAAGUUUGGAUGAUGACUAGAAAUACUUGGAAUGUAUCCUGAAUUCUCAGCUGCAGAGAAUACUUCAUGCAAACUUAUACAUGCAGUAAAAAGUAGGCUGCAACUUCUGAGCUUCUAUACUGAUGCCUAUUAGACUAUUUCCUUUGAUGGCUGAAAAUGGUGCAGUUUUGGUUUUGCUAUUGCCCCUUCACGUUAUUAAACAGUAUAUUAUGUCACCAUGCGUAUUUUCCAACUUUUUAUAAGUGAAAACCUCUCUGGUAACACUUAACAACUAAAAUGCAAAUAGAUAAGGGAAACCCUUUAAUUCUGUGAGGGAUCGAGCUACCCUUAAACCUUAAAUCAAAAGUGCUUGUCCAGUGAGGUUCUAAGUGUAAAAUGUGUUUAUACUGAGUAGCGAGAGCACUGAACUGUUGCUCUUGAUCUGAAGAGGAAUGGUCAUACUUGCAGGCAGAGGGCAAAGAACAAAUACGGCUCAUGUUUAUUUUAAAGAUGUGUUGAGGACAAAGCUUUUUGUUUAUAGGUUGAUGUUCAUCUGCAGAUAGUUUUUGCUUAACUAGAUAUCUUGCAUGUAGUUCUAGCCGACUUUUUUCAUCAUCACCACAAUUACAAACCUUUUUUGCCAGAUUCUUUCAGUAACUCUUAAUGUUAUUUUCAUUCUUGAGCGCUUAAUGCACUCCAUCUACUGAGCAUGCUGGUUUUAUUUUGUUUCGAAAAAACUCUGAAGCCCUGAGCAAAAUGUGUAAAUGCACCUGUCACAAGAGGUCAACCAUCAAUCCCUUUAUUACUGUUACAGUAGGCUGAUUCCACCAGUUGGCAAGUGUUGGAGGUGACUCAUACAAAUAGAUGCAGGUUUGCUUACUAAGAAUAAGAUGAAGCUGAUAGUUUGGUGGCAGCAGCUAUGUAUGUAACGCCGCUCCAUUACUAAACAGAAGUCCAAUGCAAGUCACAAGUUAUAUUUAGUAGAGUUCAUGAGAGGCCUUUUUAGUUAAAAUACAGUACAAAAAGAAGAGAAGCUUAAAAUAUCAGCUUUCUAGAUCAAACUGGACUGUGGGAGGAUAAACUAACAGCAAAACUGAAAUGUAGUGUCAAUGCUUUAUCCCUGUGAAUGUUGUUGUUACAUAAGCCCUCUAGGGGAAACUUCCAAAAUCACACUGUUCUUGUAAAUAGAUCUGAUUAUUAUUUUGCAGCUUUUCAGUAGGUAUGGUAGUCCUUUGGGUUCUUUGUUGUGGGAUCAUCUGCUUUUCCACCAUGUUCUAAUUCAUAAAAAAGGAAUCUUUCAAACAGUAUAAAAUCACUGUCACAUUCUCUGUAGUUGAGGGAGAAAUCUGUGACUAACUUGAUGUCUUCAAUAAAAUAAAAGUUGUAGAAUAUAUUGUCAAAGGUUGUUCUGUUGCUGCCAGAAGGAAAACAUAGAAAGAAUUUCCCAAUUUUUUGUAAAACGGAAGGUUUUUUGCAUACUUUUUACUCUUUAAAUAAAGACACUUAUA